AUGGAUAGGAGUUGGAUGUUCGGAAAAUGCACUACAUUCCCAUAUAUGCAAGGGGUUCAAGAGUUUAUACAAUGUGCUGAAGAAAAUAUGAGUAAAAAGGGGGAUGACUUUAUUGUGUGCCCGUGUUGCGAUUGUCAGAAUUUUAAAAGAUAUCGUAGUUCUGAUGAAGUGAAGAGUCAUUUGAUACGUCGUGGUUUUAAGGAAGGAUACACAAGAUGGAUAUGGCAAGGUGAAAGCUUAAUUCCUAGUACAAGUGUAAUUAAGGAAACUUAUAUAGAUAGUGAAACUCAUGCACACGGUAAAACUAAAGAAAAUUGUCAAACUCUUGAAGAUAAUGAGAAGAAUAAUGCAUCUCAUGUUAGCAAUGAUGAGAAUGAUGAAGAUAAUGAUCGAAUAGAUGAAAUGAUGCGUGAUGUGCAGGAAGAUUUUAGUGAAAUGCCUCCUGAAUUUAAAUGUUUGUUUGACAAUGGUGAAAAACCGUUGUUCCCUGGAAGUACUAAAUUUACUAAGUUAUCUGGAGUGCUUAAAUUAUAUAAUUUAAAAGCAAAAAAUGGAUGGAGUGAUAAGAGUUUCACGGGAUUAUUAGAACUAAUAAAAGACAUGCUUCCAGGUGACAAUGAACUUCCUAAUUCAACUUACGAAGCAAAAAAAAUGUUGUGUCCUUUGGGUAUGGACAUUGAGAGGAUACAUGCAUGUCCAAAUGAUUGUAUUUUGUAUUGGAAAGAUUACAAAGACUUGCAUGUGUGUCCAAAGUGUGGAGCAUCACGUUAUAAAAACAAAGAUGCAUGUAAGAAUAAGAAAGGUCCCCCAGCCAAAGUAUUAUGGUACUUACCCGUAAUACCAAGAUUUAAACGCAUGUUUGCUAAUCCAAGAGAGGCAAAAAAUUUGCAAUGGCAUGCUAUUGGAAGAAAAGAAGAUGGAAAACUAAGACAUCCAGCUGAUUCACCUCAAUGGAGAAAUAUUGAUAGGAGGUGGCUUGAUUUCGGUUCUGAAAAUAGAAAUCUUAGCCUUGGACUGUGUACUGAUGGAAUGAAUCCUCAUGGUAACAUGAGCAGUCGACAUAGUACUUGGCCUGUUCUUUUAGUAGUUUACAAUCUUCCUCCUUGGUUGUGUAUGAAAAGAAAAUACAUCAUGUUGUGGUUGUUGAUAUCGGGGCCUAAACAACCAGGAAAUGACAUUGAUGUAUAUCUAGCGCCACUUGUUGAGGAUUUAAAGAUUUUGAGGAAUGGAGGUGUGCCGAUGUAUGAUGCUUAUACUCGAAGCAGAUUUACCUUACGUGCAAUGACUUUUUGCAGAAUAAAUAAUUUCCCAGCUUAUGGUAACCUAUCGUGUUAUACUACUAAAGGAGCUAAGUCAUGCCCAAUUUGUGAAGAUGAAACUCCCAGUCUAUGGUUGAGUAACUGUAAAAAGAAUGUGUUCAUGAGCCACAGGACAUUUCUCCCUACGGGUCAUCCUUAUCGUAAGAAGAGAAAGGCUUUUAAUGGAAAUCUUGAGACUCGAGUUGCUCGUUUACCUUUAUCUGGAGAUACUAUUUAUGAACGUGUUAAGAAUAUUGAUGUUGAUUUUGGUAAGACUUGUAAGACUAGUCAAACGACUCCUUGGAAGAAGAGGUCUAUAUUUUGGGAUCUACCAUAUUGGGAGCAUUUAUCAUGA